AUGUUUACUGCCACUAUUUUUAUUUGGUUUUUCAUAUUGUUAUUUUCAUCACAUUCAAAUGCCAUUCCAUAUCCAGGCACAAUAGAUGGAUCAUCCAGUGGUGGUGGUGGUGGCGGCGGCGGUGUUGGUGGUACAAAACCACGAUUAAAAUCAUUCAAUUUUGAACCAAACAUUUUGGAUGGCCAAACUGUUCGUGUUUUCUGUCAAUUAAUCGAUGGUAGUCAACCAUUAUCAUUUCAAUGGCUUAAAAAUGGCCAACCAUUAUCAUCUACAUCUACAUCGUUGUUUCAACAACAAAAUUCUUUUACAUCAUCAUCAUCAUCGUCGCCCACAUCGGCUACAAUGACAAAUCAUGUUGAUAUACAAACAUUUCAUGAUUAUUCAUCAUUAGCCAUUUAUCGUGUUGAUCGUAAUCGUGAUAUGGGAAAUUAUUCCUGUCUUGUAUCAAAUAGUUAUGGUUCAGAUCAACAUAGUUCAAUGUUGAUUGUACAAGAACCACCAAGUUUUUUGGAAAAACCACGAGAUAUAUCGCUAGGUUUAAAACAAUCAACAAUUAUUAAAUGUCGUGCCACAACACCAAUGCAAGGACAUAUUAAACCGGUGAUUAAAUGGAAUCGUUUAUUAUUGGAUAUUGGAUCAUCAUCAUCACUAGCAAUACCAAAUAGUAAUAUGGCCAUUCCAGAUGCUAGACGUGAACAAAUAUCAAGUGGUGAACAAUUACAUUUAACCGAUAUCCGUAUUGAAGAUGCUGGCCUCUAUGAAUGUGUGGCGGAAAAUCCACAUAAUCGUUUGACUAUAAGUCAUCAAUUCACGAUUACAGUCAAUGUUCCAGCAUAUUUUAAAACAAAAUCAGAUCAAAUAGAAGUGAAACGUGCCGAAACAGCUAAAUUAAUUUGUGAAACAUUUGGUGCAAAACCUAUUCAUAUUGAAUGGAUGAAACAACAGCCACAAAGUGGUGAAUUUGAACCAUUGAAUUUGGAUUAUAUUCCUGAUGCAUAUUCAUUUCCACGUUAUACGGCAUUGGAAAAGAAUUUUGAUUCAAAUUUUGAUCAGGAAAAUUCUGCCAUAGAAUCAUCAUCAUCAUCAUUGUCAUUGAAAUCAAUGCCUUUUGUUAAUAAUAAUCGAACAUUAUUCGAAUUACAUAUUAAUUCUGUAAAUUCAAUGGAUAAUGGUCAAUAUGGUUGUCGGGCAUGGAAUGAUUAUGGUGAAGAUAUGCGCCGUAUCAAUUUGUUUGUACAGGAUGUUCCAGCUACGGUUCGUCAACUGCAAUUGAAUCAAAUAUGGACUAGUGAAGCAUCUAUUAGUUGGUUAUCACCCGAAUCGAUUGGUAAUUCACCAAUCACACAAUAUCUGUUGCAAUAUUGGAAAGAAAUUCGACUGCCAAAUUCUACGAUGAUUUCAUCUGGUUAUCGUUUGCAUGAAAUUGAAUUGCCAUCCACGAAUAAUGUUUAUUUGAUAAAAAAUCUUACACCCGGUACAUCAUAUGCUGUACGAGUGAUUGCAGUGAAUCAAUUCGGACAUGGACCAUCAUCACAAUUAUUACGUUUUCAAACUGAACAAGAAUCACCCGCUGCUUCACCGAUCGAUAUUCAUGUUGAACCACAGGGUACACAAGCAUUGUUUAUACGAUGGAAAGCACCACCAAAAAGUAAUUGGAAUGGUCGUUUAAAAGGUUAUUAUCUUGGUUAUCGUUUGAUUACCACAAACGUUGAUGAUCAACAACAACAACAACAACGUGCAUAUAAACAAAUUGAAUUCAAUGGUAUGGCUGAAGAUAAUUAUCAAGAAGAAUACAUCUUGACCGGAUUGAAUAAAGCUUCAUUAUAUGGAAUCAUUUUAAAAUGUUUCAACGAUGUAGGUGAAGGACCUGGUUCACAUGAAAUAUUUGCCACCACAGCAGCUAAAGAUCCACCACCAAAACCGACAUUGAUAUUAGUGGAAACAAAAGAAAAUUCUGCAUUACUUAAAUGGAAUAAAGAUUCUGUUGAUGAUGAUAUAAGUCAUUAUAUGAUUGGCUAUAAAGAAGAAAAGAAAAAUAAAUGGAUGGAAUUGGAAUUGGCUAAAUCGAAAUUAACCACCACCGAUAAUGAUGAUGAUGAUGAUGAUAAAUAUUACAAUUAUCAGCUGAAUGGUCUGCAACGUGGUACCGUGUAUCAAUUAUAUCUUCGUUCAAUUGGCCAAGAUAAAAAUUCCAUUUCUGAACCAAGUGAUAUGUUGACAAUACGUACCGGUGGUGAAGUACCAUUAGUCAAUAUGCUCAAUUCGAAUCAAAUAGAAUCACAACCACAACAACCUUAUCAUGCUGUAGCGGCUAUACCGACAGCCGCAUUUAUGCCAACAUUAGCUACGUAUAAUCAUCAACAACAACAACAACAAGUGCCUCCUUAUUUCCGUAUCGGUUUUAUUAUACCAAUAGCCAUUGCUAUCGUUGUCAUUGUCAUCGCUUGUGUUGGAGCCUAUGUCUAUAUUCGUAUCGAUGAUCGUAAUCAACAAAUGAAAUUAUAUAAUGCUGCUGCUUCGGUUUCUGCUCCAGGAAAUGGUUGUUCCAAUGUUCAUGUUGGCACAUUAGCUGUUGGACCUGGAAAACGUUUUCAAUAUAUUUCACCUGGACAUACAAGUAGUAGUGGUGUUGGUAAAAUGUUCAAUACUUCUAUAACACCAUCAUCAUUGAAUUCAAGCGGUAUUGGAUUACGUGAUAAUUCUUGUACACAAAGUUUAGUAUCUGAAGAAAGUAGCUUAUCGUUUCGAUAUUCCGAUAGUUCAUCUGAUAAAGGACGUUUAUUAUUAUCAAGGCCACCACCUCAACAAUCAUCAUCGUCGUCGUCGUCGAUGAUACCAACUGGCGUUGUAUGGGCACAACAACAAUCACCAAUACCUGAAGAAGAUGAAGCAAUUGUCGAUAUUGAUUCAAGCGCAUAUGAAACAUUACCAUUUCAAAAAAAUGGUCAAUUUCAAUCAACACCAAUGCAAAGUUUUACAUCAGCAGCAAAUCAAUCACAGCAUCAGCUGACUAAUAGUAGUAAUAAUUCCACAAAAUCACCAUCAUUUCCACCACCACCACCGCCACUACCUGGUGCAAUAUUUAAAUCAUCACCAUUAAACAAUGCCAAGCCAAAUACUUCUCAGAACAACAACAACAACAACAAUAUAUUCUGUCAUCACGUCGAUGUACAUCAUACACAAUCAUCUGCAGCAACAUCCGAUACGAAUAAUUCUGAUUCAUAUGAUGAUUUUCGUUUCUUUUCACGUGUCUAGAACACAGAAUACAGAAAACAAAAACGCAAUUAAAACCAAUAACAACAAAGCCAUUUCUUUUUUUUUGCUGUGAUCAAUGCUCAUUA